GUAUUAUCCAUUUUACACCACCAUUGGUCUCUACUGUUAUACCUCAGAUAUCAUAUCCAUUUGUCACAAUCUAUUUUACCCCUCUAAAGAUGCUAAUUGUUUCAUCCCUAGCCAGCGUCGUCCAUAAAAUUACUGCACCUCAAGGCCGCCUCUGAUGGCGAUGGCUUUGCAGUUUGACCUGAUGGCACUAGGCGAUUUCUCUUUUUUCUAUUCAUGUUUGACUGCAAAAGCUAUGCAUUUUUAUUUUUAUUUUUUUUAUGUAUUUUCUUCCACAUAUAUCGCGGAUUUUCCAUACUCUCACACACCAACUGUAUACCUCACCUUUAACGCUUCACUUUCACACAAUUCGUCGCUCAAAAACCCUCUCUUUUUCCGUGAUCCAAUACAAAUAAAAAAAGAAAAAGAAACCCACUUUCUAUUUUUUGUUGUUUAAUCAAUUACGAGGAUAUUUUUAUUUCUGGGAUUUGUUUGUGCUUUUGGGCUAUACUGAUAUUGGAUCCAAUUUGUAAUUGAACUCAAGUUCUCGUUAUUAUCGAAAGGCUCAAUUCUUGGUUUGGGGGCGUUUUAAUGAUGGACCAUAAGAAAGACACAGGUUCAUACUUGAGUUGUAAUUCAGCAUAAGCAUUUCAGAGGAUUAUUGCAUUCAUUGGUUCACUUAAUUCAAGCUUGGAAUGCAGUUUAUUCGCAGCGUUGUCAUAUGGAAUUGCCUCUAUGGCAAUGGUUUUUAUCAAUAAGGCAGUGCUUAUGCAGUAUGCCCAAUCAAUGACUCUGCUUACUCUUCAGCAAUUGGCGACAACUUUGCUUAUACACUUUGCUAGAGUAAUGGGAUACACGAAAGCCACAGGAUUUAAUGUAGAGACGGCAAAAAGACUUAUACUAGUUUCCUUAUUUUACAAUGCAAAUGUUGCAUUUGCUUUAGCAAGCUUGAAAGGAGUAAAUAUCCCAAUGUACAUAGCCAUCAAAAGGCUUACGCCGCUUGCUGUACUAGUAGCAGGAUACUUUUCGGGGAAGGGGAUUCCUACAAUUCAGGUGACUCUUUCAGUGAUCCUAACUGCUGCAGGAGUUAUUAUAGCAGCACUUGGAGAUUUUUCCUUUGAUCUUUUUGGAUAUGGCAUGGCCUUUACUUCUGUUUUUUUCCAGACCAUGUACCUUGUCUUAGUGGAGAGGUCGGGUGCAGAGGAUGGGCUUUCAUCAGUUGAAAUCAUGUUCUAUAACAGCAUUUUGUCUGUACCGUUUCUUCUAUUCCUCAUCAUAGCCACAGGAGAGUUUCCGGAUUCUCUGUCGAUUCUGUUUGCAAAGAGUACUUCACUAUUAUUUUUGGUUAUUCUGAUUCUUUCACUGGUGAUGGGUAUAAUUCUAAACUACACCAUGUUUUUGUGUACCGUUGUCAACUCUGCUUUAACAACUACCAUUGUUGGCGUCCUAAAGGGAGUCGGCUCCACAACCCUCGGCUUUGUGUUACUGGGAGGAGUGCAAGUACACGCUUUGAAUGUUACUGGACUGGUAAUCAACACUGCCGGUGGCAUCUGGUAUUCAUUCGCAAAAUAUCAGCAGAAGAUGAAAAACAAGUUGCCGAGGGUGGUGUCUGAUGCUGAAGCUCAUCGUAAAUGAAACCGAUACUCGCCAAGUUCUGAAAAGGUGGCUUGGUUACUAUAUGUUGUUGAUGUAAUUUAUUUAUAUUUCUACAUGUUAUAUAGUUCAUUCAUUUCAGUAAAAUGUACUCUGUAACACUUUGUCAAUUGUAGUUCAUACUUGUGUUAUCAUGGCUUACUAUUUUGCCCUCUA